AUGGAAGCCUGGAAUAUCAUCUCUUUGGUUGUCUAUGGGACCACCAUCCUUUUGGGGCUGCCCUCCAAUGUCCUAGCUCUCUAUGUCUUCUAUAGUCGCGCCAAGGUACGUGUGACACCCAACCUCAUCUACAUGAUCAACCUUUGCCUCUCCGACCUGGUCUUUGUUCUCUUCCUACCCCUCAAGAUGCUAGCAGUGGGGGGAGUGGACUGGGACAUGCCAGGCUUCCUCUGUGCUCUUUACAAUGUGAUCCACUUUGGCGCAAUCUAUACCAGUGUUUGUUUUCUGACUGCUGUCAGUGUGGGACGCUUUUUGGGAAUUGUUUAUCCCAUCCAGUACCAGGUUUACAAGAAGCCUUGUUACUCAUGCCUGGUUUCUGUGGGGAUAUGGAGCAUAGUAGGAUUCCAUGGGAUUCUCCUCUUGAUCCUGGAGAACACCAGUGGUGUCAGUCCUGGAUUCUUUGCUGGCAACACUUUGACUUGCUACAGCAACUUCAGUGAUGAACAACUGGCUUUGUUGGUCCCUGUACGGCUGGAGCUGUCCGUGGUGCUCUUCUUCCUCCCCUUGGCCAUCACUUCCUUCUGCUAUGCUGCCUGCAUCCGGGUCCUGGUUGGAUCACAUCUCCACAUGCAGAAGAAGCGUCAUGCAGUGCGGGUGGCAGGGGCCACUCUCUCUGUCUUUGUCCUCUGCUUUGGUCCUUACAACAUAUCCCAUGUUGUGGGCUUCAUCUACAAAAAAGAUGUCUGGUGGCGCACUGUGGCUCUGCUUCCAAGUGCGUGCAAUGCUUUCCUGGACCCUCUUGUAUUCUACUUUCUCUCCACUGCCGUGGAUGAUGGGAUCGUCCAAGUGUGGCAAUCCCUGAAGGAAAAAUGUAGUUCUAUCAGGCUGAAGAUUGCCACACCCCAUGGAUAA